AUGGUUUUGAACAGAGCUUUAACUUAUGUGGACAAUUCUAGUCCAUUAACUAUCAUUGAAAAUGAAAUCGACCUUGACAAGUGCUACAAGGAUAACGAAAUUGUUAUCAGGGUACAUGCUGCUGCAUUCAAUCCAGUAGACUUCAUUCUACACGACUUGGCUAACAAGUGGAUUGCUGGUUCGAAACCAAAGACCAUUGGUAGAGAUUACUCUGGUGUUAUCGUUAAGGCGGGCAGCAAGGUAAGUAAGGAUUGGGCUGUUGGAGACAAAGUUUGCGGUCUUUUCGAUGCCCUUUACAACGAACAGGGUACUGUGAGAGACUACCUCGUACUUGACCCAGAAGGUUCGAGAGCAAAGUUACUCACCAAGCUACCAGAAUUCCAUGAUUCCCAAUACAGCGACUUUGAGCUAGGUGCUGCUUGGCCAUUGGUUUUCGGUACUGCUUUGGAAGGUUUUACUGAAUACGGUCAAAAGUUCACCGAUAAGUCAAAUGUGCUUGUUCUUGGUGCUUCAACCAGUGUUGGUUACCAUGUUGCUAAGAUCGCUAAACAACUAUACAAUGUUCAUGCUGUUGUUGGUACCUGUAACUCCAAGUCUUUUGAAAGAAACAAGGAGGUUGGAUACGACUACUUGGUUGCCUACGACACGGAAGAUAUUCCAUCUCGCUUAAAGGAAAUUGUCAAGAAUGAAUUGAACGGAGAGAAGUUCGAUUUGAUUUACGAUUGUACUGGUUACCAAGGCCUUAUCCCUGAAAUUAAUGAGUACUUGAAGCCAAAGUCCGAAAACUCCCAAUAUAUCACCAUUUGCGGUAAGGCGAAGCAUGACUUCAACACAAAGACCCCUAUUAGAACAGCCAUUGGUAACAUGUUGGCCGGUUUCGGUGCUCUACGUUAUUCAUUCAACUACCAUAUGUUAAUGUUGAAAACAGACCGUAAGAUCCCAGUCGCCUUCCACGAAUUAGUCAAAAAGGGCAAUUACAAACCACCAAUUGACAGUGUUCUCUCACUAGAAGAAUUCAAGGUUGCUGAAACUAAGAUGAGAAAGUACGGUGCUAAGGGUAAAAUUAUUAUCAAAUUGGAGUAA